AUGUUUUUGAUUCUGCAGGGACGUGUGAAUAUUUUGUCUUUGGGAAAACUCGGUGAUUUCAGAUGCACCGGAGGGUCGUCCCAGGAAGCUGAAGAUAAUGCACUCACUCUUGCUAAAUGCCGAGGAACAACUGUUUUUAACUUGGAGGAACACUAUGAUGAGAAUUCGUGUUCAAUUCUGAUAAAAAAGGAGAAGACCGACAAAAGUGACUGA